CUCAGCCUCAACGUCGUCCACUAAGAUGGCGUCCCUAUUUCCAGUCAUUCUCUUGCUGGCUGUUGUCGCCGGGUUGAUGGUGUGCAGCUUCCUAUUUGUGCCCAAGGGACCCCAGCAAACGCUGUACCGGACAUCGCUCAUGCUUGCCCUCGGGUCGUGCUAUCUCAUGUGGAUGAUCACAUACCUCGCCCAGUUGCACCCUCUAAUUGCACCUCAGAUGAAGGUUGAGCCAGUCGAGUAGUGAUUGAGGAUAAACUGCAGGCGCCCCUGCCUAGGCAGAG